AUGGAAAAAGAAAUUGAGGCUUUACUCAACAAUCAGACAUGGGAAAUGGUUGAUCUACCACCAGGAAAGAGACCAAUUGGUUGUAAGUGGGUGUUUAAAGUUAAACUCAAAGCAGAUGGCACCCUUGAGAGAUGUAAAGCUAGGUUGGUUGCACAAGGGUAUACACAGAAGUUUGGUAUUGACUUUGAAGAGACAUUUUCUCCUGUGGUCAAAAUGGCAACAGUCAGAUGCAUCAUUGCAUUGGCAGCUAGCAGAAAAUGGGUUAUUUUUCAACUGGAUGUCAAUAAUGCCUUCCUUCAUGGAGAUUUACAUGAAUAA